UCAUUUUCAUUUCCCUGACACCAAACCCAACUUUUCUCUCUGCCUUUCUCUGCUCUCUUCUUCCUUUUUCAUCUUCUUCUUCUUCUUCUUCUUCCUUAGCUCUGCCUUUCUCUUCCUCUCUGUGUUUUGGUUUCAAAGUCAUCACUUUUGUUGUUCCUGUCUUUAAGGAGCCACAUGACUACAUGACAUGACUAGUCGGUUUUUUUGAUUGUUUCUUUGUUUGUUGAUCUGAUCUCUCUCGAUUUUGGAUCCAAGAAACCCCCCAAAAAAGAGUAAAAGUUGGAUUUUUCUUUGUUUGUUUAUGUAUUCUUGGAUGAAGAUGGGUCGGGUCGGGUCCAUUUACUGUCAAGAAUUGGUUCCCUAAGGCAAGGCAAAGGGAAAAAAAAGGAAUCUGGGAAUUUAAGAAUUUUUUUUGAUUCUCUGCAUGCAAUUGCAAAAGGAGUAAGUAAUAGUGAUACAACUGCUGAGCGAGUUUCUGCAUUCAUGGCUAUUCAGGAUCAAACUGUCGGUUCUCGUUCACAUUCUGUGGUCCAGGCAAGCAAUGGAAUAUCAUUGAGUUCUGGCCUGCAUUCUGUAACUGGUGUCCAACUAAGGGAUCAGUUUUCUUGUGGCAAUGAUUAUGCUCCCAAGGUUAGGAAACCAUACACAAUCACAAAACAAAGAGAAAGAUGGUCGGAGGAAGAGCAUAAGAAGUUUCUUGAUGCUUUAAAGCUGUAUGGUCGGGCUUGGCGACGGAUAGAGGAACACGUGGGAACAAAAAAUGCAGUUCAGAUUAGAAGUCAUGCUCAAAAAUUCUUCUCCAAGAUCGCUCGCGACUCUAAUGGUAGCAACACAACCUCCACAGAGCCAAUUGAGAUUCCUCCUCCUCGACCAAAACGAAAGCCUAUGCAUCCUUACCCCAGGAAACUUGUAAUUCCACCUAAUAAAGAAGUCUCCGCUCUGGAACAGCCAAUGAGGUCUGCAUCUCCAAAUUCAUCGGUUUGGGAACAAGAAGACCAAUCUCCAACCUCAGUAUUUUCUGCAAUUGGUUCAGAUACAGUGGGGUUCACUGAUUCAGAUACACCAAAUGGCAGCUUAUCCCCUGCUUCAUCUACAGCUGGUGUCCAACCUGGGGGCUUAGUACUAUCUGAACCCAACCAAUCGACCGAGGAAAGUGCAUCUCCAUCACCAGCUCUAACAACUGUUGGUUCAGUUUCUGACGAGCAACUUCCCAUGAAAUUCGAGUUGUUUCCCAGGGAAAACAACUAUGUUAAAGAAGGUGCAUCAGAGGAAACGUCAAACCGGAGUCUUAAGCUUUUUGGAAGGACUGUGUUAGUAACAGAUUCACACAGACCAUCUUCUCCCACCAUAGUGGCUGGUAAAUCAAUGCCUGCGGAUAUCCUCGAGGAAAAAGUUGUGCAACCAUUACCAUGGAACUUUGUCCCCGUGAAAUCUAUACAGGGGAAUACAGAAUAUUCUUGGAGUCAUUCAACACAGGGUGUACAGGGUGGCCUCUAUUUCAUGCAAUGCCAGAAAGAAAACUCAUAUAUGGCAGAAGCUAAUUCUGCUGCUCCUAUACCAUGGUGGACCUUUUAUGGAGGUUUACGUUUUCCUGUCAUGCCAUUCCAUGAGGUGGAGCAAUCAAAAGCACAUUUGGGCUCUGAUCUAGAAGAAGUCCAAGGUAAAGAAGUUCAGAAGGAAGGGUCUUGGACUGGUUCAAACAAUGGAUCAGUAACUGAUGGGAACAAUGGUGAUAAAUGUUCAGAUGCUGAGACCCAGAGUUAUCCACUUUUCCUUAAAGAGGAGAAUCAAGAGGCAGGCCUAGUUUUCCAAUUAAGACCAAGUGAAAAUUCAGCCUUCUCUGAACUAGGAAGGAGCCCUGCAAAGUGUUUGAAAGGGUUUGUCCCAUAUAAAAGAUGUGUGGCAGAGAGAGACACACAGUCCUCAACAAUGAGAGGUGAAGAGAGGGAAGAGAAACAAAUCCGGCUUUACUUAUAGUGUGCCUCAGUGUAGUUUUCCUAGAGCAGCUUCCUUUGUUAGAAGAUAGACCCUUUUUAACAGGCCGAGGGACUGAUCUGGUUACAGUUUUAGUGUUGGAUUAUAGCGGUUUCAGCUGCUGGAUGACCAAGGAUGAGAAAUAAAAUCGGGUUUAAGCAGCAGCCAUUUCUGCAGCUUUGCAAAUUCUUAUCUAGUUGUUCUGUUUUUACCUCCCAACUGUUCAAAUCCAUAAGCCCAUCUGUUCUUGUAUGCACAAAUAUUUCUUUUGCGUUACCCUUUUUGUACUCAAAAUUAGCUUGUGUAUACCUUCUAAUCUUUUCCUUCUCUGUACUGUGAACCACUUGGGUCGCUUGAUAUGUUAAAAAAGAAUAGUUUUUGCUUAUUUAUUUAA